ACUUUUAAAUAAUUCUUUCCGAUGAACAAUAAGUGAAAAUUAGACUGAUAACAAGUAGAGGAGAAAAAAUACCAUAUUCGAUCUAAAUGAAUAUAGCCACGAGAUAAAAACUUUUGAUUAGUUUAUCUAUAUAAAAUAUAGAUGAACUAACAUAAUUGUAAGAUAUCUAGUGAUAAGCAUACUGUCGGAUAUGAUUGUACCCAGGAUCGGUAACGAUAUGGUAUCGGUACUCGGUACUGCGCGUGGCGCGGCUAUUAGACCAGCUACUUGGUCGCUUGAGAUACGGGCUAUGGUCCAUUGACUGCCAGUGCGCGCUGUUUCACUGUGAAGCUUAGUGCCGAAUUUUUGGCCUUUCGUGCAAGAUUUUGGUACGAGCUUCCAGAGACGGUGCAAGUUCAGUGCAACAUGGCUGCGCGGAACGCAAUUGGAUUAGCAAUUGCAUUGCUAGUUUUGUUUUCUUCAUCAUCAUCUAGCAAUGAAGAAUUAUUAGAAAAUUCGCGGAAAAUUCCAAAAAUCAAAAACUUUGUUCAGGUGGUGCAUAAUCUAACGGAUAAAGUACAUUUACCGUUCGCCAAAGCAAUGACCAAGUUGAAGUUCAAGUUACACCUAGUAAGACAAAUGUCUACAAGCAGUCCAAAGUGGUCCCAGAAUGAACUGCGCAAAAUCAACAUCGACGUCACGAGUGUCAUGAAUUUCAAGAAUUUGCGCGAAAAAGUGUCAACUAUCUUCCUUCUGUCCGACGUGUCAUCCUUCGACAUCUUCUGGAAAGAUGAAGAAGAUACGAUGAUUAUCAUAACUACCGAUGAAGAAUUAGAGAUCGCACUGAAGGAUAUAGCUACGAAGAAUGGCUGGAAUAAUGUCUACGAUCUAUACAUUUUGGUGGAGAAUCAUUAUUCAUGGACAAGGUCUAUCGAUAGCAUGGAGAACGUUUCCUGCGAGGACAUUCUUCCCUUCACUGCUAAACGAGCAAUGGGGGACAAGUGGAUGUUCAAGUUACACAUGAUUGAUACAAUGCGUUCGUGGACCCGCAGUGAAGUACAUAAAAUCAACAUCGACAUCAACGACGUAUUGAAUCUCACAAAUCUGUACAAAAAACUACAAACUAUCUUUCCAAGGCUGCAGGGCAGUUACUUCGAUGUCGCCUGGAAAGAUAAAGAAUGUGAAAAAUAUCCCGGAAUCUACAUUACCAUAGCCACCAGAGAGGAACUAGCACUUGCAUUAGAGGAAAUGUAUUGGAGAGCUAGAGAAAAUAACAAGAAUUUCUACAAUCUAUAUAUUCUAUUGAGACAAGACGCGAAUGUCAUGGAAUAGAGAGGGGCGUAAUCUAAAUUAAAAAAUUUAGUCUAAUCAAAAAAUUAAGUAAUAUAGUAUUAGAAAUUAAGAAUUUUUAACUUCCAAUUAGUUAAUUUCAAAUGAUUUAAUUUUUAAUUUUAAUCAUUUUUAAAAUAAAUUUAAAUUUGAAUUUAUUAACUUUA